AAACAUCAGCUGUUCGUGUGUCCUUGAGUGCGGAGCAAGCGAAGUGGUCAGACCAAUAUAGCUGGCAUUCCCUACAACUGCUUCCUGUUACCGUACACAGAUACCUUAUGAAAGUCUGGUAUCUUAUUUUAUUUAGUGAUGUGAUUAGCCAGUGGAUUUUUACGCAGACUUCUCUAGCUUAAGCUUUUCAUCUGAAGGUUCUCUAAAAGUAUUGACUUGAGCCUGAAAUCUUUGGACAUCUUUCCUACAGUUAUUAGCCUCUAUCCACGAGCCCUCUUUCAAGAUGGUGUUCCACGCUGAUGACUCGUACGCCAUUCUAACUUCACAUGUUAAGCCUCGGAGAAUCCAACCAGGGAAGCGAACCAUCUUAGUGUCUGUCUUACUAUCUGUUAUGCUCCUCAUGUCUCAACUCUUCCGAGCUCUGCAGCUCAAUCAUCCAUCACAACUGUUAAAUGCUCACUCAAUGGAGUCACUUACAAGUCUAAAUGAAGAGGCAGAGGUGCAGCCUUGUGUCAAGACCACCCUGGGAGCCUCAAACCACGAGGCAGAUUCUCAACAUUCCUGCCACCACCUGGCACCUCCACGAGGACUGUGCUCCCUCAUGCAGAAUUUAUUUUUCAGCAGUAAACCCCAGACUUGCCGGCACCAAACUAGAGUCACCUUUUGUACAACAGUAUCUGGUCACAUCUCAUGUGAGUCACCACCCCUGUGUGCCUCACUGCUCCACUAUAUUGGUGUUUUUGAUGAAACAGAAGCUAGAACAAAAUGGAGAAAAAUCAAACCAUUACAUCUGAAAAAGAGUAUUGAAAAGGAAGUUACAAAAAAGUCUUAUUUUGGUUUUCUAUACAUAAGAUGUACUAAUGAAUCUAUGGAAGAGAGAGAGCAGCCAAAUUAUUCAGAUGAUUAUGUGCAUGAAAAUGUUGAAUCAUACACUCAGCUGUUCCUGUAUCCCAAAAAGAACACAAUUAGGAGGAAAGUUUCAGACACAGUUGUAUAUCCAAACAUAAACUUAGUUAUGAUUGACUCCCUAUCACGACCUCAUUUUUACAGGUCACUUCCAAAGACCAUUAAAUUCUUUGAAGAUUUGUAUGGCAGAACACAUCGUGAGGUAUUUGACUUUCAGUUUCUCCAGGCAGUGAAGCCAAGGACAUAUGAAAGUCUGGAAGCACUCUUUUCUGGCUAUGUCAAUAGAACUGAGAUUCCAUUUGGAACUUACGACAUUCCUAAGAGACCACUGCCUGUGUCUGACCUUUUAAAACACUAUAAGGAGAAGGGAUUCAAGACACUCUGGCUGGAAGAUCUGUGUUGGAAUUGGGAAUGGGGUUUAGUGAAAGAUUUAAAGGUUAUAAAUGAUUCUGAUAGCUACCCCUCCUGGGAAGUAUUCAAGAAUGCUCUUAGGAAAGCAAAUAUUGACUCCAUUGACAUGACAUUGGCAAGUUGUGACAUACUUGAAGUAAAUGGCAAGAAAGAUCCUUUUCACAAUUUACCUGCCGUGUGUUUCAAUGGCCAGUAUCACCAUGAGUACUUGUUGGAAUACCUACAAUUAUAUCAAAAGGAUGCCCAAAAUACCAAUCAACCUUUUGUCACCUUUACAGUUACAGAUGUUGCUCACGAUGAAACAGGAACUAGGGUGCAAACUCUGGAUGAUUCACUAGUCAAGUACUUGAGCUUUGCCAAAAAGUUGAGAAAUACCAUCACCAUCCUCUUUUCUGAUCAUGGGAGUACUUAUGGAAAAUUCAUUCAGUCAAGUCCAGAAGCACAUGUUGAGACUUUCAACCCAUUCUUGUUCUUAAUAAUGCCAAAAAAUAUACAAGAUAAUUAUGGUGCUGGUCUGAUUAAAAUAUUGAAAAAUAAUGAGAGAAGCUUAAUCAGCUUGAUUGAUGUACAUAAUAUGCUGCUUCAUUUGAUUGGAGUGGAAAGCAAAAUUCCAGACACAGAUUUUGCUCAUAAGUAUUCAGUUCCAGGUGGGCUGCUGAGUAGCAUAUCUCCCUACAGGACGUGUGAGGACAUUCCUCUUCUUCAGCCAAAUCUCUGCAUUUGUAAAAACUUUGAAACAGCAGUGCAGCCAACACAUUUCCAUAUGGCACUUGCAGAUUUUGGUUUAGGUGUCUUAAACAACAUGAUCCUACAACAGCACAAGAAGAAUGGUGGUGUUGGAUUUGGAAACUGUAAGCCACUUAAGGCAUAUGAGAUACGAAAGGUGCAUGAAGUGAGGUUCUCAGUAUAUCUCAUUAGAUACAAAAUUGAUGUGCUUGUCCAUGGUUUCAAAGAUAUGAGAGAAGACAAGGAAAUAUUCUUUCUCACAGUAGAGUCUGAUUCCAACAAAAAUUCUCUGCGUCUGGUUUCCUUUGAGCGUAUCAGCCUGUACGGAAUCUAUUCCAAAUGUCAGGAUCAAAGUGUUGAGCUGAAAUUAUGUGUAUGCAACAUGAAGACUCAGGGACAGAAUGGUGGAUUUCUUGGCUCUGUGAUAUUUGGAAAUCUUUUAGAAAAUUUCAGUUUCAUUGGAAGUAAGAGAAGCAAUUCACCAAGUCUGAAUGAGUUGCUUUCUCAACCAGUGUUUGGCGUGACUCCUAAGAUUGAUGUUUCUUACCCUGACUCUAACCCUUGUCUCUUUACAUUCAUUCAUAGCUACAAAUCAGGAUUAGUUCUAUAUGCUGUAAAUCACUGUAUAAUACAUCAAAACCUCAAACUUAUUAUAGAAGCAGAAAACCUUAAUUUAUCAUGUGAAAGCCAGCCUCACUAUUCGUUGCAGCCUUCUGACAUCAGAAUGUUAGUUGCAGCCACUGUUGCCAACCCUAAAGUAACAUGGCAUUGGAAUCACAGAGUUAGAAUUCAAGAUUUCUCCUAGUAUAAUUCUUGUACCAAAUAGUACACCAGUACAAAAAAUAAUUUUAGAUCAGUGGUAAUGGUGAGAUUGUGAUAUAAUGGUUUCCAGUGGGAGGAAAAUAAGUAAUAAAAAACAUGUCUUUUUGGAAAAUCACAAUCAUGGUCUAACUUUUGUACACAGAAAAAAACUAUGGUGUGAACAUUAAUAGUUUUUGUAAUCAACUCACUGAGAAAUUAAAUCCAUUGCUAAAUGAAUCAGUAUUGAAUAAUAUUGGUCACCAAAUUCUCUAUAUUUUUUGUGAAUUUUCUGUAAAUAUUAACAUAAGAACAAGCAUUUUUACUAUUAUAUAAUACAGUAAAAUUGUUCAAGUGAUUUGCUUUCUACAUGAGUUGUAUCAUAUUGCAUUCAUUGUUAAAAUAUUAGCAUGAAAUGACUGAAGAUGGAAUGAACAACUUGAGCAAUAUACUAGUUACAUUAAAAUUUUAGGCCUUGAGGUGUGGCAAAGGAUCCAGUCCCUGACAAGGACACUUAAUGUAUGUGACAUCUAAUCAUAAGCAACAUGGUAUAAGUGGAUUCUGAUUGACUAGGACUGUUCCACCAUUACCCACACAACAUGAUAAAAACAAGGAUGCUUCUUCCCUUCUCAGUCUUACCCCAUAAUAAAUGGAAAAAAUUAGAUACAAUACAUAAAUCAUGAGAUAUCCUCUUAAAACCAGAUGCCACAUGUUUGUGUGCUAUAAGACAUAAUAGCAUUCUGGCUGUGUAUUGACAGUGUUACCACUUAUAUGUGACCAAAGAUAUCCAUGUGUCAAUGCUUGCAUCUGUACAAUAACUAGUCAUCAUGAUGGCUCUGAUUACUGUCAUCUAUUUCUGGCGAUCAUAUCUAAGUUCCAGUGGUUGUGCAUUUCAAGGCAUGAGUAGUGAGCCAUGAGUGAGUGAGUGAGUGAAUGUAUGGUGCAAGUCAGAUGUACAUAGUUGUAUAGUGUUGUUCAUAUAUAAGAUAAGUUUGAGUGUUACAAUUGGUUUUGGGUUUUACACAGUAAGUAUAUUUAGGCUUCUGUUGGUUUUGUAUUUCAGGGUAUGUAUAGUGUGGUACAGUCAUAAGUGUCUGGUGCAAACAUGAGCAAACAUCCAAGGCUUUUCACUGUUGUUUGCAUGUGAACAGUUUCACAAUUAGGUUUUGUACGAUGAUAUGUUUAUGUAUCUUUCUGUUACAAAUUCUGAGAUGAUUUUUUAUAGUCUGAUAAUUACAUUCCAGUCCAAUGUUUGGAUGUUCCCAUUUCACAUGAAAUAAAUACUGAUAAAUACUUAA